UUGCUGCUCUGAGUCAUAACUUCUUCUCAGAAGAUGAGGAUGGGGGUGAUGGUUCCCAUGCAAUGCCUUGCCUCUUGUCUCUGUGAGCCAUAACUAGGCAGACCCAUAGGACUCACGGAUCCUGGCAGGACAUGUGACAGACAGCGUCCAUGGCUCCCUCAGUGGGAUUCGUCCACAAAGGAGACCAUCCAGUCCCUGGGGGACCAGGACCCAUUCUCUGAGACAGCGCAGGUGCAAGGGAGUGAGACACACAAGCAGGGUAUUCUGCACAAUCUGAAGGCCCUGCAGGCAUCUGGAAAUCUCCAGAAAGUCAGUGCUGCAAAUCCACUCACUGUUACGAAGCCGUGACCCAUGACCUUUGUCCGGGAUGGAGCCCACAGCUACAGGACGGACGGAGAAGAGUUUCAGCUAUGUGGUCAGGGCACCCAGCAGCGAUGGGUUUGACGUAAUGAAUGUGGAUGUGAAGAUCGACACGUGCUGGGUAUUUCAGGACGCGGAGGACAGCGGUGAAGAGCAGGACUGUCCUGCGGACGAAGCUGCUGGAAGCCCCGACGUGGACACAGGCACACUCAGGAAGCAGCUGGAAUCCUCUGAGCAGAAGCUGUUGGCCGCUGUGGACCAGUACAUGAUGUCUGAGUCCGAGCUAAGGAGCAGGAUCCAGGAGCUGGAGCUCUCCGAAAGACACCUUCUCCGGAUGGUGGAGCAGCUGGGUGCCCGUGUGACACAGGAAAGGAGUGCCACUCUGCGAGCCCAGGAGACGCUGCAAGCCCUGCGGCGGGAGCUGGCCAGCCAGGUAAGGGAGGAGCGUGCAGCUCGGCGGCAGCGGUGGCGGCUCCGGCGGCUGCGGGAGCGGCUGCGGCGCAAGGACGAGGCGCUGGGGCGGCAGGCGGCGGCUCUGGAGCGCUGCCGGCAGACCCAGCGGCUCCAGCUGGGCCUGGUGCGCGAGCAGGAGCGCGGCCUGCGGGAGCAGGUGCAGCGGCUGGAGCGGGACGUGCGGCACCUGUGUCGCGCGGCUGGCCUCUUGCUGGCUGAGCUGGAUGUCCCGGCCCCAGGCAGCCCCGGCAGACUCGGCCCGGCCUGCCCCCGGAGUGACCCCGGCGAGGCCGCGGAGCUGCGCGCUCUGCAGGCGCGGGCGGAGCGCGGGGAGCGCGAGCGGGAAGAGGCGGCGCGCCGGCUUCGGGAGCAGCGCGCCACCGAGCGCCGGCUGCGCGUGCAGCUGGAGGAUCUGCGCUGUUACAUCUAUGAGCUCAAGCUGUCGGAGAUCGGCCUGCAGGGCCAGGUGGAGGACCUCGCGCAGCAAAACCAGAGCCUGCGAGAGGCCCUGGGGGCCCAGGCCACAGGGGAGAGCGCACGCAGCAACGCCGCUGCUGGCCACUGCAGCCCGGACACUCUGAGUCGGAUUCGGGAUGAACCCCCAUCCCUGCCCAGGGAGGACACACAGGAUGCCGGCCAGUCCUCUGAGGGCCGCUGCUCCUGGGGUUGUGUUGGGGCUGGACCAGGCCCCUCUGUUUUGGAGACAACGGAUGAGACCCUGGAAGAUAUCGCAGGAUCUGAUGGUGGACUGCCAACUCCAGCUGAGCCCAGCUUGGAUGAACAGACUUUCCUUCUCAUCUGUGGCUGCCCCCCCAGGCAGUGCAGGGACAGCUCACUCCUCCCUGUGGAGCUGGCCUGGAUUUCAGAGCAAAGACUAGCAGCCACCCAGGCCCAGGGGUCCUUUCUCCUGGUGCAGACGUCCCCAGUCCCUCCCUGGGGACCAGCCAGGGACCCCUCUUCCCAGCUGCCGCCACUGCUGCUCCAGGAGGCUUCUCCACAAGACUCCCAAAUGCAACAGGCUCUGUGUCUGCGAGAGGAAAGCCCUGGAUACGAAGGGCAAGAAGAGAAGGAGGAGGAGGCAGCGCCUCUAGAAGGGUCCAGUCUGGGCUAUGAGGACAUCCCAGAGGAACCUGGCCCCAUGGAAUGUGCAGGCCAGGGUACCCUCUUCUCAGUGGCAGAAGAAGGACUGUCUCCCAGUUUGGGAAGCCCAAUCUUUCCACCCAAGGGGACUGAAUGCACCCGUAACUCAUGGGCUCCAAGCGAAGGACCUGGCAGUUCUGAGCUCAGACUAGACAAAUUUGAGAAAGAGAUGGAGGCUUGUUUCCAGCAACUCUCCAUCCUGGAGCUUGGAGGAGAGGGGCGGUGGCCACAAGCCUCCAUGCUGGCGGGAGAGAGCACAAACUCUGCUUGGAAAUGGCCCAGCUGCCAGGGAAAGCCUUCCUCCCAGCAGGCUUUGGGAAACCAGGGCUUGGAUGUUUGUUUGGCCAGGGAAGUCAAACCUGGGGAGGCUAGUGAAGAGGUUAGACCAGAAGAGACUGAGGCUUUGGGAGCCAGCGUGGUUCUUCCUGAGAUGGUGCCUGAUUUGGAUGAUGUGAGGCUGGGCCCAGAAUGGCCCUCUGAGCGAGGUUGGAAGUGGCCUCCAAGAGCCCUUGAAAGGCAGAAAAGAAGGUUCCAGCAGCUCAUUGCUGGACUGAAAAGAGAGAGAAGCCAGGUUUUACAUGACAAUGCUGAGCUUUGGGGCGACCGAGAGAGAUUCCGUAGAAAAGUGAGUGUUCUGGAAAAAGAGAGGAACAGAAAUGGGACAAAGAUCGCCACACUUGAACGGGAAAAGAGCAUGCUGCUAGGGGACAUCUCGCACUUAAAGGGGGAACUGGACCAAUGUUGGCAGGUCAUUUCUGACCUUGAGGACUGCAACGGGAAAAGUUACGGCAAAAUUUCUGAGCUUGAAGAGGAGAACGAGAAGCUGAAAAGGCAGGCGGCGCAGCUGCAGAAAGCCGUGUGGGAGAGCCUCAGAAAAUCCAAAGGUGUGAUGGAGCGCGUCACCCUGGGAAACCAGGAGCUCAAGGCGCUGAUCUCAGAGCUCGGGGUUGGUUACAAAGAGCUGAUGAAGAGCAUAGUGCUGGGGAUAGAAGACACAGUCCGGGCCUUCAGCGGGGAGAAUGCUCACCUUCUACGCAGAAUCCGUGUCCUGGAGACGGAAGUUGCCUUGGGGGAGAGCACAGCUGUGCGACGCAUAGUGAGAGCAGAGGAGGGUCCGUGGGGGGAAAGUAAGAUGCAGGGGAACAAGGGGACCACUGUGGAAAAGGGGGUGCAGGUGACUCAGCUCUCAGGGCAACUGACCGCAGGAGCCCAUGGGCCACCCAUGGAGGAGAAAUCGGGUGCAGCUGGCAGGUGUAUGGAGCCUUCCUUAGGCAUGGAGAAUUCCAUAUACAAUGCCAAUUCCACUCUGUCCUUGGUCUGGGGAAGUGCUGAGGUGUCCAGUGUCGCGCAAGGACGCAUCCAUGGAGCAGGAGUAAAAGAAGCACAUUCGGAAGAGGAGAAGGAAAGACCAUGGUGUUGUGCGGACACAGUGCAAGCUCUGACGGCCCAGAACAAUGGCCCCCAGCUGCGGGACCCAGAGGCAGACCCCCCGACAGAGGACCUGAGGGUUCGUGUGGGGCAGCUCCAGCACCGGGUGCUGACCCUACAGUGCCAACUCAGAGACCAGACGUCCGCCCACCGCCAGCUACAGGAGGCACUUGGGGAAGCCGCCAGCCUCCGGGACCAGCUCCAGGGCCAGCUUGAUGAGCUUCAGAAAAAGCAACACGAGGCCAAUUUCGCUGUGGCUCCUUUAAAGGCCAAGCUGGCUUCCCUGGUCCAGAAGUGCCGGGAGAGGAACCACCUGAUCACGCACCUGCUUCGGGAGCUGCGCAGACAUGGGCUGGAGGACCAGCUGCUCUCUGAGAUGGCACAGAGCAUGGUGGACGACGUGGCACUGGCCGAGUAUGCAGCUACCUUCCCGGCUUCGGGGCUCCCUGAGACCAGCCACCAACCGGACGUGGAGCCCGAGAAGGCAGCUGCUGUAAGAGCUCAGAAAUACCACCUGAAUCCCAAAAUGGACAGUGUCCUCAUCCAAAGACCUCUGCAUUCAGAGUCCUGGCCUGUUCCCAAGGCUGAGUGGCCAGCACAGACGGCUCGACUGCAUUCUCUGAAGCUGCCCCUGCCCUCAGGGUGGACGCCUGCUCCUGGAGUGUGCCCGGCUGCAGACCCUGCCGAGCCAGCGCUCCCCUCGCAGUGCCUGAAAGAAGAAGGUGGACCAUCCUGUCCCGUCCCCCAAGCCGAGGGCCUCCCGCCACACUCUGAGCUCCUAAGUCCUGCGAGGAUCCUGGCUUUCCACAAAGAGCUUCGGCAAAGCAUUUGCAGCAAUUCCCAGGUCCAUAAAUCACCUCUGGAGUUAUAA